CAACUAUUCAGGCUAUGAUUUGACUAAGGAUGAGAGCAUUUCUCCUAUCAAUUAUCUUUCUACCCAUAAGUACAAUAUUAUUCUCAACACUGGGCCUAUCAUGUCCAGUUUCCGUACCAACGGUAUCCUACGUGUCCAAAUGUCCUUCUAAUGAAUCAGAAUGGGAAUCAGCAGCACAACAAAAACAGUGCAACAAACUGGCAACACUGCAGAAAUGCACCGAGCCUGAAAAGUUUGUAUACCACUGUGUUUUAAACAAGGAUGGGACAAAAUAUUUAGAGGUCUGUGCCCAAUCCUGGUUUAUGUCAGGAUACUGUGCAAGAUUCAGUGUAGCAGAUGGGAGAAUAAUUAAUGACCCAGGGCUAGACUGUACAACAUUUUCCACACCGUGUCCUUCAAGAUUUCAGUCAAAUGAAUCAUUUAAAUAUCAGGAAUGUUAUGCUAGUCUUCAACAGCCUUUUCCUUCAAACAUUUUCAAAAAUGUUGAAAAAGUUACAGCAGAGACAGAAUCAAACAACACUUUACUAGUCGGCCUUCUGUGUGUUUUUGUGAUAACAACUGUCCUACUGGCAAUAUUCGUAGCCAUUUUAAAAAAGAAAAAACUUCUUGACUGGUGUAGGACAAGAAGAGAGAAAUCUGGGGAAUUGAAUGAUAUUCAGCGUCUUCCCUGCGAAGAAGAAACACCAUUAAAGGAAGAGAUUGUAAUUGAGACUGAAGUUCCUAGUACAACUGAAACAAAAGAAAAGGAAGCAGAACAACCAAAAAACAAGGAAGAAAACCAGGCGUCCGGUAGUAUUUCUCCUGAUACUAAAGAGGAGGAAAACGGUGCCACCAAAACUGCAGAUACUCCUGCAAAAGAGGAAGCAGCUGCUGCUAAGGAUUCUGAUGAAGUAGAAUGUGUUGAAAAUAUGAGUUUCAGGACGCUCUCUGGCUUGCGCGGUGUAUGCAGUUUGAAGAAUGUGGCAAUAAUUUCUGACCUUAGAAGAAAUUUGUCGAAAGAGUUGCAUAAAAGACUGGAAGAUAUAUGGAUAGUACAGGAAGAAAGUGGUAUAAUAUAUAAUGACGAAACUACGUUCGUGGAGUUAAAGAAACAUCAACAACAUAUUGAAGUUAUGAUUGGAAAUGAAAAUCGAUUCAUACCUGAGGAGUAUGGAAGCACUGAUGCAGAAAUCGAUGUAAUUACUAACAAGUUUGGAGCAUCUCGGAAAUGCAGAAUGACUUGCGACCACCUAACGGAGCCGGAGAAUCUUUUCAAUUACACCAAAGAUAAGAUCAUGAGAAGAAAUGCUGUGGUAGAAUGUCCGAAAUGUCAGGCUUCGUGGGAAAUGGAAGAACUUCUUACAAAAUCUGAUAUGUCAGCAGACGAGCAGAUAUUUUUCAAUAAAGCAAUGUCAAUUAAUAUACAGGCAAAGAAAAAGUUUCACAUAUAAAAGACAUUAAAGUUUAUACUGCAUAUGUAUUCAAAAUAUUUUACUUUAUGAUAGUUUACAUAAGAUAUGAAUACCACCAGAAUUCUAAUUCAUACUAUUACAUGAAGAAGCAAAAUAUUUGCUCUAUCGAGAAGGCUUUAUAUUAAAUGUGAGCCCAAUACUUUGAUGUAUUUUACGUUUAAUGUGAUUAACUUUGAUUAAGUAUAAUAAAUAAUGUUUGAAUUUAUAAAGUUUUAUUAUU